UCGCCGUUGUGUAAUUCUAUGUGAAGAAUUAUUUUCUUCGUGAUUCGUAUAUUAAUUCGGAUGAAGGGAAAUAUGUUGACGCCACACAAUGUAAUUACAGAGCCUCCUCAUGUCGAAGCAAUACCCAUAAAUCUCGUUGCUACUGAGGAUGGUCGAACGCUUUUAGCAUUGACAGAACAUAAAGACGGUGUGUUGGAAAUUGUUGCAGCUCCGGUUACGUUUAUUGGUCAAAGUGGAGCAGCUGCAUCAUUCGUAGAUGUAAAAAAUCUGAAUGAAAAUUUGAUAUUACAUUCGCCUAUUUUUCAAAUAAGUGUCGAAGAUGUUAUCAAUGGAAUGGAACUUCAACAGUCUGUGCAAAAUCUUGAAACUGAAUCCGAUAAUACAGAUUAUGCAAAGAUACAUUCGUAUAUGGAUAUAAAAUGCAAGAGAACAGUUACUCAAGAAUAUCAAUACCCUCCACAGAACGAUCUGCUAAUCGAUGAUGAAAAAGAUGAUAAAAUUUGUAAACAAACAUCAACAAGUGCAAUCGUGAAAAAAAAUAAUCCGGGAAGACCCAAGAAAAAUCUAACUCUUUCUUUGCAAGUAAUUCAGGGCAUAGAGAGUUUAAAAUGCGACAUUUGUCAUCAAGAAUUUGUUAAACAAACGUUGUAUCGGAAACACAUGGAAAAUCACGCGGAGGAGAAACCACAUCGAUGUCCAAAAUGUUCUGCAUCGUUCAAUGUACCGACAAAUUUCACGCUUCACAUGGCAACGCAUAAUACGGGUGAACCAAAAUGUCCAGAAUGCGGUAAGAAAUUUACGAGAAUGGCUAGCUUGAAAUCUCAUAUGUUGUUGCAUGAGAAAGAAGAAAAUUUGUUCUGUACAGAAUGUGAAGAUGCAUUCUCGACGAAAGCUCAAUUGGAUGCACAUUUGAAACUUCAUGGGGAAAAAUGGACGACCGAAGAAGUACGAAAAUGUAAAUUAUGUAAUAAACAGUUCAGUCAACCAGCCUUGUACAGGCUUCAUAUUCGUGAACAUUAUAGAUUGCAGACAAAAAUAGUAAAGCAAACGAAAAGAGGGACAAAACACAAAACAAUGUAUAAAUGUACCAUAUGCUUAAAAUCCUUCCAGAAACCGAGUCAAUUGAUGCGGCAUAUCAGAGUGCAUACUGGUGAAAAACCUUUCAAGUGCACAGUGUGCGGUCGUGGAUUCACGCAAAAGAGUUCAUUACAAACUCAUACUUGGCAACACAAUGGUAUUCGACCACAUGCCUGUGAACUUUGUAAUGCUAAGUUUAGCCAAAAAGGUAAUUUAAACGUUCAUAUAAUGAGAGUUCACAAUGUCCCAGAAGGGGAACACAUAUACGGAUGCAAUUAUUGUUCGUGCGUAUUUAAAAAGCUUGGCAGUUUGAAUGGUCAUAUGAAACGUAUGCACACUAAUAUAAACGAAGAAAAUGCUACCGUUGAUAGUACUCAAUCGGCUGAUACUGUAGAAUCCGAUAUUCGCGCGACUGUGGAUAAUGUUAUAACUCAAUUGGCGUCUUUGGAGUCGAGCUCAAAUGAAACAACGAAAUCGCCAAAUUCCGAAUCGUGCGUAUUAACGGAGAGUAUGACGAAAAAAGAUAUUCUACAACAAGCGCUGAAAAAUAGUGGUCUUCCUAGUAAAAACAAAAUUAUUGAAGGUACGUCAAAAACAAAAAGGUUCGAGGCUCGCACUAACUUUGUGACAUUACUGGAUCGAGCACCUGACGGCGCUACCAGAAAGUAUUUGACGAUAAAACAGCGAUGCGUAGGAAACGUAAGAUGGUAUGCGUGCAUCUUUUGUCAUAAAGAAUUCAAGAAACCGUCAGAUUUGAUACGUCACUUGCGUGUACACACACAAGAGAAACCUUUUAAGUGCACGUACUGUUCUCGUUCAUUCGCUUUGAAGUCUACCAUGAUGGCACAUGAACGCACCCAUUCAGGUGACAAAAGGUACGCUUGCGGUUCUUGCGACAAAACAUUCGCAUACCAUGGUAGCUUGAGUGCUCACAACAGAUUGCACGCAAAAUCGGACAAGUGCUCUAACAAAUCUGUUGAUAACGAUAGGGAUGAUAUUGAUGCGCACGUGACAAUCGAGACUGAUAUUUAUUAUGGCAAUCAGUCGAAAAGCCAAACGACGAAGAAUAAAUCAAAAUUAUCCCCGGAAGCAGAAAGUCUAAUUCCGCAAGUGGUUUUGCAAGAACCGUUAGUAAUAAGCGAUGCGGGCAACAAAAUUUGCGUGGCACAAGUACCUUCGAAAGAGAAACGAGUUUAUGAAACGGCAGCUGAUCCAGCUAGACCGCACAAGUGUUGGGUUUGUCAGGCGGCAUUCAGAAAGAUCAGUCAUUUGAAGCAGCAUCAUCGCCGCCACACAGGAGAACGUCCUUAUAAAUGCACAAAAUGCGAUAGGAGAUUCACGUCGAAUAGCGUUCUAAAGUCGCAUUUGCAUACGCACGAGGAUUCGAGACCAUACGGUUGUUCAAUUUGUAAUGCGAAAUUCUCUACGCAAAGCAGUAUGAAAAGGCACUUGGUUACUCACAGUAAUAAAAGACCGUUCAUGUGUCCAUAUUGUCACAAGACUUUUAAAACUUACGUCAACUGUCGGAAACAUAUGAAAAUACAUAAACACGAAUUGGCACAACGGCAAUUGGAACAAGAGAAAAUUCAAAUGCAAAAACAAGCUUCAGACAAGUUGAAUUUGAAGGAAAAUUUUAAAGAAGAAGCGGCUCUCGAAUCGUCUUGUACCUCCUCUGUCUCUAUUACUACCAUUAGUACCACCGCCACCAGCAACAUCUCUAUCACUAGCACUACUGCCGCCACCGCCAACCCAACCAACACCACCACUACCACCACCUCUACCAUUGUCACAACAUCCUCUUCUACGUUUUCAGAUAAUCUUCAGACACUCUCUCGUCUUGGAUCAGUCGAAAUAUCAUUUCAACCACAGCUCGGAACAGAGUUUUCGCAAACUUUUCCCGAGUUCGAAAGUAUAACUGAUGAAGAAAAGGAAAAAGUAAGACCGGUUUUACCAACAAAUUGUGACGCUACAACGUUUAUUAAUCAAAAUGUGACGGGAAUAGCGAUGACGAAUCUUGAGAAUUCGCAGAUAUUGCAUGCCGAGGAAAGUGGUUCAGUCACGCUACCAGUUUACUCCAGUGAUCAGACACUCACUCCGGAAAGUAUACGGGAAAUCGAAGAAACGUUGAAUCGACAACUUUUUAAUAUCGGAAUGAAUCUUAGCCUAGGAAGUAGUCAUUCAAGGCAUUCGAAUAAUACGAAUAUCAAUGAUUUUUGUAAUAUAAAAGAAGAGCAAUCGCAACAGCAACCUGUAUUGAAUAUUAUAUACGAAAAUAACAAUAACAAUCACAGUAACGACAACGUGGGACCGUCUGGAGGGGAUAUUUUUGCACCACAGUUAGAUUCAUUCGGGAUGGAUCAUAUUGCCUUGCAAUCGGACGCUGAAAUCGAUAUCGGAUUGGAUACAAGUAAUUCAGCUAGCAUGGCAAGCAUAUUACCCAGGAGCGUGAAAGAAGAGCAUCGGCUCUCUGUUUGCGUUACAACGCCAGAUGAUGUGAACGAUGAUCAAUCGGAGAGAUCUACAGUACAGACGGUAGUAUUUAUUUCUCAGCACAAUUUUCCAAGAAAGGAGAGUAGUACGGUGAAUGAAUUGGGAAUAGAAGAAACAGGCAAGGACAGUAGCGGUGACCAACAGCAAUGUACAAUCAAUCCCAUACUUUUGACAGAAGAGAUUCAAGGAACAUCUCAAGAUUUCAAGAUUCGUACAAAUGUGCACAAGAUGUCGUCCGAUAUUCCAGAAGUCAUGAAAACCGCUAUAGGCAAAAUAUCUCGAAUAGGAUCUAAUCUGUUGCAGUGUCAUAUGUGUAGUCAGCAAGGAUUCACAGCAAUUGGACUAAAGGAACAUUUGACAAGCCAUCGUGGAACGAAAGAGUAUCAGUGUACAGAAUGCUCUUCACGAUUCUGCACAAACGGUGGAUUAAAUAGACAUUCGAAGAUACACGUAAUUAAACAAUCGUUCAAAUGUCCGUCGUGUGAGAAACACUUUGAUGAUAGAAUGCAACUGCGAUCGCAUAGUAAAAUACAUGAAAGUCCGGUGUGGGAUGCUAUAUCUUCGGGAACAAGUUCGGAGAAUUUGACUGUUCCAUUGGAAGUGCGACCUAUUCCGAUCGCAAAUAGUGAUUCGCCGUUGAACAAUAUCAUAAUAGAUCCCGAUGCUGCCGUUUCUGAGAAAGUUCUUCUAGACACAGUGGCGGAGAAAGAAGUAAUGGAUCGAGUGAACACCCUGAUGGAGAAAAAGGAACGAAAGGAGUACACAAACAAGUGCAAGUAUUGCCCAAAAACGUUUCGCAAACCGAGCGAUCUCAUACGACACCUACGAACGCACACAGGGGAAAGGCCGUACAAAUGUGAUUAUUGCAGCAAAAGUUUUGCCGUGAAAUGUACUUUAGAUUCGCACACGAAAGUUCAUAUCGGGAAAAAGACGUUUCGUUGCCACGUGUGCAGCAGUCUGUUUGCGACUAAGGGCAGCUUGAAGGUUCACAUGCGAUUACAUACAGGUUCAAAACCGUUUAGAUGCUCUAUAUGCGAUUCAAGAUUUCGAACUUCUGGCCACAGAAAAGUACACCUAUUGAAACACGCACGCGAAUGCAAAGAGAAUCCAAAAAGAAAACAGAAACACAUGAAAGUUGCGGCCAUAGCCGAAGUAGCUGCUGAUCUUGAAAAAUGUGACGGAAAAGAGGGGAAAUCGAACUGCUUCGAGCCGGAACAACAACAGCAACAGUUUCAACAAGAACAGCUCUCGCAAGCAGCCACAGAAUAUUCUCAUUUGGAAACAAUUAACAUUGAGACGACCGCAUCAUGUUUAUCUGAUCAAAUUAGCUUCGAUACUGAUGCUAUCGUGUCAAAUAACAAUCAAACCAUAGUGUCUGUAAAUGAAAAUAAUCAGUUGGUUACGAAUCUACAUUUUCUUCUGACGAAUGGACUUGUUACCAUCCAAACUGAAGAAUCAUUAUUGUCACAAUCAUCGGCAUCAGGUAAUAAUUUGCACCAUCAUACGAGCACGAUUCCCGAUUCCGUAUGUGCAUCAACGACACUUGACGCUGAUGCUGUAGUUGACAUCAGCAGUACUGACACUACUAACGAAUACACCAAGGAAGAAAUUCACAUUGAACAUAUGUUAAAAACGCAAUCGAAUAAUUGCCUGCUAAAGGUAGCUGCUUCGACGAUGCAGACGGAGGAACCUUUCUCCACGAGGAUUUCUCCCCUGGACAAAUCUUUAUCGGUAGUAACAGGCAAACCAGCAGCGUCUAAAGGAAAUUCAUCAAAGAAGGAAUGUGACAUUUGUGGGAAAACGUUUACGAAACCCUACCAGGUAGAAAGGCAUAAACGAAUUCAUACGGGUGAACGUCCAUAUAAAUGUGAUUUAUGUACGAAAUCGUUCGCUCAAAAAUCAACUCUACAAAUGCAUCAAAAACACCAUACUGGCGAUCGGCCGUACGCUUGCCCGUACUGUGAAUAUUUCUUCACACAAAAAGGUAAUCUUCGAACGCAUGUGAAACGUGUUCAUCAAUUGGAUACUACCGAUAUCAAGAAAUGGAAAUGCGUGCGUCAACCCUUUCUGACGAAGAUGUCUCUUCAAGAAAACGUGAUCGAAGCUAAGAGCCUGAGUUUAGACGACAUAUCGUUUGUUGAGUUCCUUAAAUAA